UCUCUACAAACGAAUUUUAUCGCUAGAAGACACCCUCAUUACCGGCGUAAUCCUUAUCAAUCAAUAAUGAGCUUUAAUAUAAUUACUUUAAAGUUGUUUAAAACGGGAUGUGUAUGCAAACGAGAGUUUGUUUAAGGCGCGUCUCGGUGCGGUGCACAUGGUCUCGGCAGUCGCGCGACCAUCGAGUGUGGUUCCGGUGGGGUCGAUCACCACGCCGUGUGUGCAUGCCUUUACAUCGCAUUUGGAACGCACGCGUGCUGGCCGCACGACGCUCCGCGUCAGAAUCCGCGCGAACUUUUUAAAAAUAAAAACAUUGUUUAUGAACUGUGAUUUUUAAAUUGAACUUUUAAUUGUGAACUUAAAAUGGACGUUAUGUUUGAAGUGAUUAAAUAAAUUGUUUGAUAAGUGGACUUGUGAUGUUUUGACUGAAGUUUUGCGGAAAUAUAUUCAAAAUGGAAAAAAUGUAUCGGAACUUUUUGGUGAAGUGUUUUCUUCUGGUUUUGGCCACGACUCGAAUUGAUGCAGUCCAGAGGUUCGUGGAGAUGCCCACAUACACGGAGGUGAACCCGGGAGAAGACGCGUUGCUCAAAUGCAGGAUAUCCGAGAAAAAGGGAGUCUGCUCGUGGCAGAAGGAUAAUAAGCCAGUGGGCAUCUACCGCGGCAAGUACGAAUGGGCGAACGAGAACAGUCCGAUGGGAGGCGACUGCUCGCUCUGGGUCCGAGCGGCCACUCUCGCGUUGGACGAUGGACAGUGGCAGUGUCAGGUCACUGCUAGCAACUAUGACGUGCAGGAUGCCCUAUCCAGUCCCCCCGCGGCGCUAGCAGUACGUGUACCGCCGCAAUCGCCCCGGAUUCUGUUCAACGGCACCCACAUUCUACCGAAUCAGAAUAUCACGGUGCCCGCUGGUGCCAGGGCCACUGUAGUCUGCGAGGCGCGCUACGGCAACCCACCAGCUUACAUCGAGUGGUACUUGGAUAAAGAACGCUUGACCGCUUGGAGUCAGACCAACGCAUCCGAAGUGGAAAGACCUCGCGUCUGGGCAGCGCGAUCAGUUCUCGAACUGGGAGCCACGCGAGCUUCCCACGGCCGACAACUGGCUUGUCGCGCGCACCACCCGUCAUACCCUUCGCCGUACUACCGAGACUCGUACACUAUGCUUGAUGUCACUUUCGUCCCAGUGGUAUCAAUCAACGGCGCAGACCCCAGCACACUAGCUAACCUCGAAGAAGGCAACAGCGCCCUAACGCUUGAGUGUCGCGCUGACGGCAACCCCAGCCCCUACGUGUGGUGGACCAAGAAUGGACAAGUCUUCGCUACUAACGGCGCGAAGCUUAUCCUGGCUCCGGUCAUGAGGAAUCAUUCAGGAAUCUAUGGCUGCCAGGCAAGAAAUUCCGUCGGAACAUCUGAUUCUGUGAAAAUAGAAAUUGAUGUCAAAUAUCCUCCUAGAGUAACGUGGGUGGGACCCGAUACCGUGGUCGAGGCUAAUCUCUUCUCGCAAGUGACUUUGGAGUGCAAAGCCGAAGGCAACCCACCCCCCUCCUACCAGUGGUAUCAUAACCCCAACUCAGCCCACCUGAACGCGAUGCCCGAGGACGGAUACCCGAUUUCGUCGACGCCGCAACUUCAGCUCCAGAAUGUCUCAUACAGCCAACACGGCCGGUACAUCUGCUUGGCCAUCAACCAGAUUGGACUGGAAGACCGAACGCAUCAAUCCGAAGCCAUAACCCUGAACGUGCUAGGCCCACCAGUGGGCGCAGAGACCUUAACCGCCAACGCAUGGAGCGGGUCCGAAGCUAAAGUCCACGCCACUGUGUGUGCUGACCCCCCACCUCGGAGAGCCGCUUGGUUGUGGGGUAGUCUGCGAUUGGACGUGCCUACUACUAUAGGUCGCUACCGAGCACUCGAGCCAACAGGCGCGUUCGGCUGCUAUCGCUACACGCUCCUCAUCUCCGGCACUAGCACAUCUGACGCGCGCGUCUACGUCCUCCACGUCGAGAACGAGCGCGGCUUCUCCUCGCAUGCCGUCUCGCUCACCGUCCACGAUAAUUUUCUAACAGAGACGGCGCACGUGGCGCCGCUGAUCGCGGCGGCGCUGGUGAUCGCCGCGUUGCUGGUCGUCGUGUUCUGUCUGGUCAUCCGGUGCCGGAGAAGGAGAGAGAGCGUUGAAUACAAGACUGAUGAUUUAGAUAGUGAGAAGACGGUGCUGCCCGCGGACGCGGUGUACGGCGGGCAGCCGCCGGCGCCGGCGCCGCGGUACUCGCCCGGCGCGCUGCAGGUGCGCCGCGCCGCCGUCGUGCUGCAGCCCCCCACCACCGUGUGACGCACAGGCAGCGUUGAACUCGCUGGAGAGAGAAGCCAAAGAAAAUGUGUAUGCGGUAUUAGACCCGCAUAUACAAUACGAAAUAACUAUUAAUAAGCACGGAGAACCGCCAAAGCAUUUGUCGCUAUCUAAGCCCCUAACUCAC